AUGGCGGGCGACGGCCCUGGCUCCACCGGGCGGCUGGGCGCCACUCGGCGGCGGGGAUCCGGGCGGCCGAAGCUGGACAAGGUCUUCUUCGCCGAGCCGAUCGGCCCAGACCUCGGCGCUGCGCACGGCAAGUGGAGGGCGGCAGCCCGAGCCGGGGACGGGGUGAUCUACUGCCCGCCGUGGAACGCCUCGCGCGUGCUGCGCAUCGACUCGACGAAGGGCCCCCCCGUCGAGGUCGACGAGGUCGGGCCAGACCUGGGGCCCUCGGGCCGCAAGUACCGCUCGGCCUUUGCCGGGCGGGACGGCUGCAUCUACUGCAUCCCGUGGUGCGCCGGCAGGGUGCUGCGGAUCGAGCCCGAGGCCGGCACCGCCGCCCUGGUGGGCCCCGAUUUCGGCCCGGACCCGGACAAGUGGCGCUUCUGCACGCUCUGCGCAGACGGCGCGGUCUACGCCGUGCCCUGGCACGCGGCCCGCGUGCUGCGAGUCGACACGCUCACCAGCGCCGUGGAGCUGAUCGGCCCGGACUGCGGGCGCGGGCGUGGCCUGUGGCGCACUGGCGUCUCUGGGCUGGACGGCAAGCUGUACUGCCCGCCCAGCGGCGCCGCGCGGGUGCUGCGGCUGGAUCCGAGCGGAGGAGGCCAGGUCGAUUUGUUCGGCCCAGACCUCGGGGCUGGGGGCGACAAGUGGCGCGCCGUGGUCCGCGCCGAGAACGGCGACGUGUACGCCGCGCCGUGGGGCGGGGCGCGCGUGCUGCGCAUCGAGCCGGACGCGGGGCGCGUGACGCCGGUGGGGCCCGACUUGAGCGGCGAGGGCGAGGAGAAGUGGAAGGCCAUCGCCGUGGCGCGCGACGGCAGCGCCUACUGCCCGCCCUUCUGCGCUUCGAAGGUGCUGCGCAUCGGCCUGGACGGCGGGGGCGAGGCAGGCGUGGAGUUCGUGGGCGGCGACCUCUGCUACGGCGGGCACAAGUGGUGCGGCGCCGUCCGGGGCUUGUCUACCAAGAGUGGCUACGGCGUAGACGUGCCCUACACGGAGGCUGCUUAUGAUCCAGUUGCAGCCAACUUAUUCUUCCGCCAGCGACCACUUGAGACAGCAACUCGUCUUGCGCAGCUGAUGCAGCUGAGCGGCGGCUUUGUGUCUAACACGCUGGCUGACAACAUCUUAAAUAGGUCGGACAGUGUGGUCCAGGAGCGUUCGCAACAGCUGCUCGAGGAGGUCAACACAGACCUCGUCGGGCUGGUCGAUGCCUGGGGUGCCGGCUUCAUCGAGGAGCUCGACUACCGGAAGGAGGCAGCCGCAACUACGGCAUUCUCAGAGGCAAUGCGGCAGCGGGGCCUCGGAUCUGUCAUCGCUCCUGAGGUUGUGCCGUCCCUCAGUUCUGCACACGUGCUCACCACCAAGUGGGUCGACGGCGAGAGGCUCGCUGCCUCUGGCGCUGACGACGUGCCUCGGCUCUGCGGGGUAGCACUCAACGCAUAUCUGACGAUGUUGCUGGACACCGGGAAGCUGCACUGUGAUCCGCACCCUGGCAAUCUGCUGCGCACGCGUGACGGCCGACUUUGCAUCCUGGACUUUGGGAUGUGCCUGGAGGUGCCGCGGGACUUGCAGCUGUCGCUGCUCGAGUUCAUCGCAGACCUGCAGGCGCAGAACUACGAGCGCGUCCCCGAAGACUUGGUGAAGCUAGGCUUCGUACCGGAGGACAAACUUGAUGAGCUGCGCUCUUCAGGGCUCACGUAUGGAAUAACGCAAAUGCUUGAGAUUGCAACCACAGGUGGUGGGCCCAAAGGCGCCAUGGAGAGGUUGGUGGCGAAGAACAAGGCUAAGUAUCGGGCUGCCGAUGGCUCCGAAUUGUCGACGCAAGAGAGACAGCGUCGGUUCAGAGAGGAUUGGCAGAGAGAGAUGGCGAAAGAUGCUCUCAAGCGCUCAGGCAGCGGGACCUCGACGACAUCGGACCUCACACAGAAGAUUGAGCAGAUGCAACAGGACAACUCAGAUGUUUUUGCGAUUCCUGAUUACUUUGUCUACAUGGCGCGUGCUUUUGCGACGCUCGAGGGUAUUGGCCUCAGCGUAAACCCAAACUAUGCCAUCUUGUCUGAGUGCUUCCCCUACCUUGCAAAACGCCUCCUCUCCGAUGACUCGCCUCGCGCUCGUGGUGCGCUACGCACCCUGCUCUACGGCACGGGUGACGAGCUCAAUCUGGCGAAGCUGCAAGAGGUUACUGCUGGCCUCGAGAAGUACACGUCGUCGACCUCCUCCGUGGAGAGCAGCCGUGGUAUGAGCGACGAGGGGCGCAACGCUGCUGCCGCACAGCUGGCGGCAGUCGUGUUGAGUGAAGAGGGCAAUUAUCCAGCUUCCCUGCUGCUGCGCGAGGCCGCUGUUGCGCUCGACGCGACCCUGCGAGACGCUGUUGCUUCCAGGAUUGCGCCGCUCCGUUCUCUGGCGUUUCCUCUCCCAGCUCCACCCCGAGAGCUUGCAUCGCUAAUCGCGCCAGCCACGCUGCCCUUUGAGCUGCUGCAGGCCACGCUCGAGCUGCAGGAUCUGGACGCGCGCGACACGAAGCGGCUGCAGAACGUGCGCAUUCUCGCCGACCUCGCCAGCCGCGCCGGAGGCAGCAGCUCUGCCGGGGCAGGAGCUGCCCGUGGAGGCGACGUGCUCUCCCUCGCUCGCGAGGCCGCUGCUCGCAGCACCGCGCUGGCUCGAGUAGGCAUCCGCUUCGGCGGUGUGCUUGCCGAUACGCAGGCCGAGCGGCUACGGCGACGAAGCGGCAACGAGGGCGGCCAACAGUCGAGGCUUGCAGGGCGGCUAGCAGCGGCUGGCGCCGAGGCGCUCGAGCGCGUCGCCAGUGCCAUCGCAUCGAUCGACCGAGGUAUUGCUGCGCGCAGCGAGGCCGAGAAGUCCGCACGGGGGCGAGCCACAGGGGCGCCUUCAAACUCUGGCAGCCUUCGCGGGUCGCAGAACGUGUAGUUCAGGUUGCCGCCGUCACGGCAGCCAGCUGGAGAGCGAAUUCAGUUGUGAGUUCUUGGCCCACAGACGACACGUCUUCAUGUAAUAAGACAUGGGCCACUGAUUUUCCAUUCCACGACCACGAAGUGUCCAAUAAUGAUCAGAAC